GUUGUAGACAAAAUCUGGUAACGAGGAAUGUUCUCUUCCAUGUAUUAAAAAGUAUUUCGCAUGGGAAUAUGAACUACAAAUUAAAUGACGUAAAAUUCAUUUUGUCAAAAUAACCAAACUCCGAACUCUUCUCGCAUCUAGCGAAGGGAGGGCUCUAAAAAACGUGCGCGGAUAUAACAAUCUAAUACCUGGAAAAUACAUUGAGUGCCGUCUCAUAUAAAUACUCUUUGCUCUUUGGAUACUGCCAUAACCAGGCCUGCCAGCAUGGUCUCCACUAUGUUGACAUCAGUUGACAUUUGAUCUCAUUUGACAGGUGUAGUUAACAACCAGCUAAUUCCAGUCAGGUUUUAAAGCACUGUUACUGCAACGAAAUUUGUAGUUUAUGAAGAUCUAUUACAACGUUAACGAGACAAGAAAUAGCUUCCUAACAAGUCUGAGACUUCGUAACAAUUCCGCCGAUACUGUGUGACAAUUCAAGUGUAGAUUCGUGAUUGGAUGUGCUGUGUUUACAAUUGACAGAAUUAUUUUAACAAAAUUAUUGUAAUUUGACAUUGAAAUUGUCUCAAAAAUGGUAGAAAAUGAAGAGUUUACAGCUGAGAGAGCUCGAGCUGCCUUAAAUAGUGUACUGGAAGCAAUUGAAAUUCCAGAAAAUGCUGUAAAGCUUGGUGAAGCUAAAGAUAAUGCGGGAAAUGACAUGGUAAAAAUGAUGCAGUAUGUAUUUCCUAUUGUUAUGCAAAUUCAGAUGGAUGUUAUUAAAAAGUUUGGAUUUUCAGAAGGACAUGAAGGAAUUGUAAGUUUUUCACAGCAGAUUCGACAGUUAGAAAAAGAAGAUUCAGAAGUGGCUCACUUACAUGCCCAAGUUCGAGCACAUUUCCUUCCUCCUGUGUCAAUAAAUGCGGAGAGUACAUCUUGAAGGGAAGCAAUAAGUACUAUAUUUCACUUUGGAAGUAAAAUUAUUUCAUUGAAAUAUGAUGAUAGAGAAUUAUCUAGAAGAGAAGUCAUAAUGGUGGCAGUUUGUGAAUAAUGAAAAGCAGAUUGAAUACAUGAUAAGUGAACCUCUAAAAGUACGUUUCUGGUCUAAAAAAAAUAAAUUGAUGAAUAAAGUUUAAUGAAAGAAUGAAGAAACAUUGCAUUUUUCCGGAAUGUUUUGAAAAAGAUGAUAUUGCUUGAAGUUCAGGAAGACCAAUGUUCAAAUUUCCAUCUUCUGGCUGUAGUUUUUGUCAAACUUUCGUGAAUGGAGGUUGCAAAGAAGCCCUUGUGUUGACUUUUUUUUGGUAAAUUUCUCUCUGUUAUUAUUUUCAGUUUCUCUCUUUCAUGGUAGAUUUAAGGAUUUGUAGCAAAUGUAUUUGCUCUUUUUAUUUCUGAAAAUUAAAUUGUCCUUCAAAUAUGAAGGUUGAAGCAUCCUGAUGGUUGAAACAACCAAGAGCAUAACUAUUAUUUCUUAUACAUUCUAGUCUUGCUAUCUGUUUCCAGUCAAUUUUGAUUACCCGAAAUCAUCCUCAAAUCCUUCCAAAUCUAUGAAAAUCAGAAAGAAAACAUUUCAUUCAGAGGUACUAUUAAAGUUCUUAAUUUCUCAACACCACUGCAGUACUGCUUUUGGUGAAAUCAAUAUUCAGGCAUUGUCAAUAGCUACCAAGUCAAACAAAUCAUUAGGAAGGCCAUAAGAUUUUUGAUUUGUUUACUUGCUGCAGAAAUAAUCAAUGUACAGUGAUGAACAUUUGCUAACAUUAUAUGUAUUUCUUAUCAAUUUUAUGGCAAUAUUAUUCUCAAUGUAGAAAUUAAUUUGUAAUACUGAUACAUGGGAUGUUAUAAUAAAUUGAAAACUGUGAAUAUUGAUGAAUUUCUUGUUUUUCAUCAUGAGAUUUUACUAUUAAAGAAUCUUGUUGAACAAUUUAUAACUGCAACAUAUUUCAGUAAGA